AGGGGCUGUCCCACCUGGGGGACCCUACCUGAACGUUGUGACUCUGACUUUGGGGACCACCAUACAAGGACUCCGCUGUUUGUGACUUUUUACUCUGACAUUACAAAUAUUUCAUAAAGAUUUCCAAGAUGUCUCACACCGGAGCUCAAGGAAGCAUUGGUAGCCAUUCAUCUUUGGGGCUGCAGAAUUACAAGCUGAUUUGCUAUGAAUAUGAAAAUUUCCAAGGCCGCAAAGUGGAAUUCAACAGCGAGUGCAGAAACUUGUGUGACCGAGGCUUCGACCAUGUGAAGUCCAUUCGAGUGGAAGCUGGGCCAUGGGUCACUUUUGAACAGAAAGAUUUCACUGGAGAGAUGUUCAUUCUGGAGAAAGGAGAAUACCCCCGCUGGGACUCCUGGUCUAACUGCUUCCGUUCCGAUAGGAUCAUGUCCUUGAGACCAGUCCGUAUGGACACUCAGGAUUAUAAGAUCUCCCUCUAUGAAUGUAUCAAUUUCGAGGGUAGGAAGAUGGAGGUCUGUGAUGAAGAUAUCCCCAGUUUGUGGUCCUAUGGAUUUCAGGAUAGAGUCGCUAGUGUUCAGGUCCUUGGAGGAACAUGGGUUGGAUACCAAUAUCCUGGUUACAGAGGUUAUCAAUACUUAAUGGAAUAUGGACCAUACAAGCACUGGAACAACUGGGGAGCCAAUCAGCCCCAAAUUCAGUCUAUCCGCCGAGUAAAGGACAUGCAGUGGUACAAGAGAGGAAAUUUUGAAGUUGGAAACUAAGAAAGCAUCGAGGAAAAGACACAUAACCUGACUGACAGAAGAAAGGGACUUGUUUCUUUUUAAUCUUUGAACCAUUCUCUGUUUAUUGGUGAGAGAGAUACGAUUCUUACUUUAUUCAUUCGUCCACAAAGUCAUUUAUAUAUUAAGGGUAUUUUCUGGUUAUGUAAGAGUUUAGGUUCUAUCGGUAAUAGAAUAUUUUUGCCUCUUCAGAUCUUCACGUUCUUCUAGCUACUACUCCACCAGUUACCCCCUACUGCUGCUUCUACUGUAUAUAAUGGGGUAACUUAGCAGGUUCAUCCUUGUUUACAUGGAAUCAUCCAAGGGGAAUGAAGGGGAUGUAGAAUGUACCACCUUUAUGCCUGAGAACUGGUUAUAUGAUAGUAACUAAACUCAUACAUUUUAGACUCAGUAUCAUAAGUUUUUAUGGAUAUUUUGCUCUGCCCCUGUGUGACUAGGUCAUCUAGUCUGACAAUAUCUAGUGUCGGCUAAAAUAAGGAUAUGCUAACAGAAGAAAGGUUGGGUCAGUUUCAGCAUAACCCUAUAGUCUAUUUUAUUACAAAUAUAGAUUAUUUCUCAGACUUCAGACUUAGUGAAUAGCAUUGUACAACACAGUGCACAAUGUCCACAGCUGACUCAGCUAUAGACUACAACAAGCCCUCUCUCUCCCCAAUAAUAUGAAAUAUCCAGAAGAUCUGCCUUUAUCGAGGGUGGGAACAUAUGGGCACUGUCAUCCUUCUCAGGGAGAAACAAGUCUUGUUUUUACUACACAAAAACCUCAUCGAACAAAUGCACAGCAUUAAACUGUUCAGUGUUCCUUUCCAAAGCACUGUCCAUCCAAACGCAGCUUUGCCAAACCACCAAUACGUGUGUCAAACUCUUUGCAGUCUAACAAAAAAUAAA